AUGAACAACUGUCGCGAAGGAGCAAUACUGUAUUGUCAAUUUCGCCUGUCGGAUACCGCCAAUGCUCUCGUCGACGGAGAGAUAAAGCCACUGAGGGAAAAACGGAGAUGUUCGCUCCGAAGAACGAAGCUGACAGGAUCGGGCUCCUGCGUAAACGGGGGAGAAGGGGCAAGGUCGGAUGCUCGGAAACUUGUUCGAAGCGUCGUGCGGACACUGGCUGAAGGUCAUCAGAUCGGGGCAGAUCGCCUUUCGGUGGUGACCGAGAUAGAGUGCUCCAGCGUUGUAGAUUGCAGAUGUCGACCUCUCAAGUUUCAAGAUCGGGGUCAUUGCCAUGUCGUUGCUGUUCUGCGUUGCAAGAUUGCCACGAGUCCGUCCAGCAGCAACUCUCGCCCAGAGACCGGACGCUCCAAGCGUUGCAUCCACCGGUGCAUCACAUUACCAUCGUACCUUCGUCACUCCUUCCCCAAACCCGUCUGCCCCGUACCGACCGUCUGA